AUACAUUUCUCACCAUCCAAAUUAUCUCUUCUUUACAUUUUUAACUAGCAUCCAUUUUUCUGUCUUCUUUUGAACACCAAAAAAUGGCUAUUUUCUUGAAUAAUUUUUCCACUUUUAUGAUAUGCAUGAUUUUGGUUCUACCUGCAUUUUGCUAUGGUACUGAAUACUAUGAUUCCAAAGCUACCUAUUAUAAGACCCCUGAUGGCAAAGGAACACCAACUGGAGCUUGUGGUUAUGGACAACAUGGCAAAUAUGUCAAUGAUGGGCUGGUAACUGGCGUGUCCUGGAAGCUCUAUAAGAAUGGAGCUGGCUGUGGUGCAUGCUAUCAGGUGAGGUGCAAGGACAAGUCACUAUGUAGUGACAAGGGAGUUAAGGUGAUGGUGACUGACAGUGGUGAAGGACCAGGAACUGACUUCAUUCUCAGCUCUGACGCUUUUGCCAAAAUGGCGAAGCAUCCAAAGCUAGCUCACAUGUUGUUCCCAAAGGGAGUGGUUGAUGUUGACUACAAAAGAGUUUCUUGCAAAUAUGGCAAUCUCAAAAUCAAAAUCAAUGAACAUAGCAAUUACCAUGGAUACCUUGCCAUAUUUCUAUUUAACAACGGUGGCUACGCUGAUAUUUACGCAAUUGAGGUCUACGAUGUAAAAACCUACAAAUGGAUACCAAUGAGGAGGUCAUAUGGAGCAGUAUUUGACUUGCAAAAUCCACCAAAGGGAGAUUUGAAAUUAAGGAUCCAAAUAAAAGAAGGUGAAAAGACCAAAUGGGUUUCCUCUGACAAAACUGUCAUCCCAGAUUACUGGAAGCCUGGCUCUAUUUAUGAAACUGAUAUUCAGAUUCCUUGAACAAAUAUAAUAUAUUUGUUCUUCUAGGUCAUCAUGGACAGCUAGCAGCCAUUGUGGUUUGAUUAAGCAAAUGUUUGUGUGUUAUAAUAAGGCUCAUCAAAUUUAAUUUGUGUAUUAAUUCUUGUAAAAUAAUUAUGAUAAUAAAAUUGUGGUAUAUGACCUGUGCUUUAAUUAAGCAAAUGUUUGUGUGUUAUAAUAAGGCUGAUCAAAUUUGUGUAUUAAUUCUUGUAAAAUAAUUAUUAUAAUAAAAUUGUGAUAUUUAUUGGGUCA